AUGUAUGGGCGCCGCUUAGUACCUAGUACAAUUGAUGAGAUUGCUCGCACCGAACCGCUCCGCGAAGCAUUUCAGAUUCCCCGGUCGGAUCAACCUUCAGAUGGCUGGUCUAUAGUCACGUUCAAGGACUACUGUAACGCCGUGAACCUGUGUGCUCAUACCAUCGUGAACUCAUGCGGAACUGCGCCGGCCCGUUCGUUUCCGACGCUUGCCUACAUUGGUCCCCAAGACGCGAGAUACGUCAUAUUCAUGGUCGCAGCUGUGAAGGCCGGGUAUCAGGCCUUGUUCAUAUCCCCGCGAAACUCACUAGAGGGGCAGCUCUCCCUGUUCAACCAGACGAGCUGCGAUAUCAUUUUCUGCACCGAAUCCUAUCUGCCGGCCGUGAAGACAUGGUCGUUGCAGAGAGAAAUGAGAAUCAUUCAAGUGGAAGACAUCGAUAAAUGGCUUCCACGCGAUAAAGUACCCCAUUUUCCAUACAAAAAGACUUUUGAAGACGCCGAAUUCGAGCCUCUUUGUGUCUUACACACCAGUGGUAGUACCGGACUGCCCAAAGCAAUCACCGCGAGACAUGGGAUGCUUGCCAUUGGAGAUGCAGUUCAUAAUCUGGGGGAAUGGCAGGGCUCAACCCACUGGGUCCGCGCCUGGGCCGAGACAUCUAAACGACAUUUCGUACCAAUGCCUUUGUUCCACGCCGCGGCGCUCUACGUGUUCGUCUUGAAUGUCAUCUGGUGGAAAGUCCCAGUAGUUUUGGGACUUGGCGACAGGCCAUUGACUUCUGAUCUCACAAUGGAGUGCCUUGAACAUCUGGAGGUAGAAUCAGCUGUGCUACCACCAUCUAUACUGGAAGAUAUGAGCCAAGAUGCGGGUUGCGUUGAAGCCUUGAGGAAGCUCCACCUUCCGAAGCCCGAGCUUUGGCAAUACUUCAUAAUAAACUCGGAUCUUUUUGGCUGCGAAUGGCGGAAGAUCGAUGAAAAUGACACCGUGUGCGAACUUGUCGUUGUGCGUAAAGACAAGCAUCCAGGAAUGCAGGGCUUCUUCUACACAUUCCCCGAGCUCGAGGAGUUCAGCACAAACGAUUUAUACAAGCCACAUCCGGAGCUUCCAAAUCACUGGAUGUACUACGGUCGCGCAGAUAACAUCAUCGUUUUUUCUAAUGGGGAAAAGCUGAACCCCGCGACAAUUGAAGGCAUUGUUCAAAGCCAUCCGCAAGUGAAGGGCGCACUCGUCGUCGGAUCAAACAGAUUUCAACCUGGCCUAUUGAUAGAACCCUCCGCAACACCUCAUAGCAAGGAGGAAGAGACAGCGAUACUUGAUAGCUUGUGGCCCUAUGUCGAAAAGGCCAACUCAGAAACAUCGUCGCACGCACAAAUCAGUCGCGACUUUAUUGCAUUAUCACCUCCCGAACGACCAUUCCUCAGGACUGGUAAAGGGACGGUGCAGAGAGCUGCAACGCUCGCCAGUCUCGCAAAAGAAAUCGAGAUGCUUUACCAGGAGGCACAGAAUCAGCUAUCUUCAAGCACAAUGAUGUUUAAUUUGAGUCCGGAUUCCCUACCCGAAUCACUUGUCGAGUUCAUGGUACCAUACGUGCGGAUACCAGGGCUGACGGCCGACACGAAUUUCUUUUCUCUGGGCAUGGACUCGCUGCAGGUCGUGAACUUGUCAAGGAAACUUCGAGCCAGUCUUGAAGCCGCCGGAGGAGGUAGCCAGUCAACAUUGCUCUCCCCACGAGCCAUAUACAACAAUCCGACUCCUCGGCGCCUCAGCAGGUUUUUACUCAGUCUAAUAGAUACACAAGUGCAGGGCGUCCAACCAGCCGAUGUCGACUUUAUGCGGACUUUCUACACUAAAUACACAAGUGAUCUGAUUGCUGCGAAAGACGUACGGCCUGAGGCGUCACGCGAUGAAAUGACGGUCCUUCUAACAGGAUCUACUGGCGCAUUAGGAUCCUACGUCUUGGACCGUCUCUUUCACAGUCCCAGGGUGGCUAAGAUAAUCUGCCUGAACCGGGCAGAAGAUGGGGGCGCCGGGCAGCAAUUGAAAGCCAUGGCAGAUCGUGGGUUGACAUCGCGGUACACAAAGAAAACCGAGUUUAUUCACAUGGAGGCGUCAAAACCAAGGCUUGGGCUUUCCGAUACUGUAUACAAGCACUUGCUGAGCGAAGCCGAUCACAUCAUUCACAGCGCAUGGCCCGUCAACUUUAAUCACUCAAUUGAGACUUUCGAGCCACACUUGCGCGGUGUUCGAAGCCUGUGCGACUUUGCAGCUGAAUCAACCAAGAGGGUCUCCAUCCUCUUCAUGUCCUCUGUUUCCGCUGUGGCCUGUUGGAACCCUGAGCAAGGACCCGUGCCCGAGGCGCGGAUAGAUGAUAUGAGCCUACCUACUAGUGGGUACGGACGAAGCAAGCUACUUGCGAGCUUGAUACUCGAAGAUGCAAGUAUCGCAGGUGACUUCCCAGCCGCUUCCAUAGUAUUUGGGCAAAUCGCAGGGCCCGAGUCAGAUGCAGGAAGCGCAUGUUGGAAUAAAACUGAGUGGCUUCCGAGCAUCAUCGCCAGUAGCUUGCACAUCUCUUCACUACCUGAAGAGCUAGGGCAAGCUGACCUGAUUGACUGGAUACCUAUCGAAAGAGCGGCUAGCUUGGUCCUGGAGAUCGCCGGCCUAGAGGGCGUUAAUGCACCGAUGGAGAAGAUGACUGGCUACUACAGUGGCGUCAAUCCGGCCACGUGCACGUGGGGCGACCUUGUGCCGAGCGUGCAGCAAUUCUACGGUGAGCGUAUCAAAGAGCUGGUCAGUUUCGAAGAGUGGAUUGACCGGCUGGAACGCAGUGAGGAACUAGACGGGACAGUUUCCGAUAUGGCGCGAACCUACAAUCCAGGUCUCAAGCUGAUUGACUCUUAUCGCUCCAUGUUGAGAGGUAGAGAGGCGCGACCUGUGAUAUUCGACGUGUCAAGGGCAAAAGGUAGAAGUCAGACAAUGCGGGAUAUGGAGGUGAUCACACCCGUGCUCAUGAAGCAUUGGUGUCGGCAGUGGGCAUUCUGA